AGGGUGGGCACCCACUUCUGGGGCUUCCAGCUACAGGGAGAAGAUUUUGUACCAGAUAUUAUUACAAUGGGCAAACCUAUUGGAAAUGGCCAUCCAAUGUCAUGUGUGAUCACCACCAGAGAGGUUGCCGAAAGCUUCAUGUCAUCUGGAAUGGAGUACUUCAACACAUUUGGCGGUAACCCAGUAUCAUGUGCUAUUGGACUGGCAGUGCUGGAUGUAAUUGAGAAGGAAGAUCUCCAAGGCAAUGCCCUGCACAUCGGAGGUUACCUGACUCGGCUUUUGUAUGAUCUGAAGAAAAGACACCUUUUAGUGGGUGACGUGAGGGGCCGUGGCCUGUUUAUUGGGUUGGACCUGGUAAGAAACCGGGAUAAGAGGACACCUGCCACAGCUGAAGCUCAGGAUGUUAUUUACAGGUCAGAGCAAGUCAUGCUAUAAAAGAGGAAUUUCUGACUUUUUUUUAUAGCAAAGGUUAACAGGUUUAUUAGCAUACCAUACAAUAUAUUUAGUCACUUUUAUCUUUGCAAACUAUUUGUUACGUAUUUUUUCCUUAUGUUUAUUACCCUAGCCACAAAAUAAAGCACAUUAAAAAAAAGAACUAUAUAAUACU